CAUGUGCGCGCGGCCGGCAGGGGACUCACUUCUCUACUCAUUUCAACAAAUGGCACCUGUUAACUUCGGAGGAGAAUCCAGCAGAGGAGGAGACGGGUCUGGUGUAUCUUCAUUCAUUCAGAAGUUACUUCACAGUUUCAGAAAACCGGAACAGCCGGAGCGUGAGCGUUUGGCAGUUUAUCACAGAGAGAGCGCGAGACACACCGUGACAACCGGAACAGGUGGAGGCUGCAGUUGGGCGUCAGAUCUAGGGUCCAGUCCAGUCCAGGCGUUUUGGCUAACUGCCACUGAUAAGGUGUUGCACUAGUGAGGUGCCUUUGGAGCAGGUGUCUAAGCAGAGCCCUGUGUGUCACUCAUUAACUGUCGUGGCCCUCAGUGGUUGAACCAGCAGCGUCGCAGCCCAUCUGCUGCCACGUGGGUCCUGGAGGACUGUGGCCUGAGCAGCUUUGACAGAUUAAGAGUGAAAUUCUGAAACAUGCGUUUCCUACGCCGACGCAUGUCCCCCCUAAAACUGGCACUCUUUGGGGGGACUCUCUUCAUGGUGGCCCUGUUUGUACUUCAAAAGGACGUCAGCUCCACCCCAUCUGGAGAUCCCUGGUUUCAGGACCUGGUAGACAAACGAGACAAGGUGAUUGUGAUGGUCCGAGAGGCUGUCAACAACAUUGGCAAUAUUGGUUUUCAAAUCGGAGCUCCAGAGGCCCCACCGGUACAGGAGCAGCCCACCCAGGACGUCAACUGCCCUCCUGGAUUCUACACACAGGCUGAACUGAAACCUCAUCUGGAGAGACCACCUCAGGACCACAAUGCCCCAGGAGCUGAUGGAAGGCCAUUUCAGAAAGACAACCUGACCCCUGAGGAACAGAAGGAGAAGGAGGAAGGCAUGAACAGACACUGUUUCAACCAGUUUGCCAGCGACCGUAUCUCACUCAGUCGUGCUCUUGGACAUGACACAAGACCUCCAGAGUGUGUGGAGAGAAUGUUUCGUCGCUGUCCUCCUCUGCCUUCCACCAGUGUCAUCAUAGUGUUCCACAAUGAGGCCUGGUCCACCCUGCUCAGGACGGUUUACAGCGUCCUUCACACUUCCCCUGCAAUCCUGCUGAAAGAGAUCAUUUUGGUAGAUGACGCCAGUACAGCAGAUCACCUGAAGAGCCAGCUGGAGGAGUUUGUGAGUCAGUUGAAGGUUGUCCGUGUGGUGCGACAGUUGGAGAGAAAAGGCCUCAUCACCGCCCGGCUGCUGGGUGCCAGCAUCGCCCAGGGCGAGGUGCUAACCUUCCUUGAUGCACAUUGUGAAUGUUUCCAUGGAUGGUUGGAGCCACUGUUGAGCCGAAUCGUUGAAGAACCCACUGCUGUUGUCAGUCCAGAAAUCAGCUCUAUUGACCUCAACACCUUUCAUUUCAAUAAGCCUGUGGCCACCAAUCGGGCCUACAACCGUGGUAACUUCGACUGGAGCCUGACAUUUGGCUGGGAGCCCAUUCCAGAAGACGCAAAGAAGUUGCGCAAGGAUGAAACCUAUCCCGUAAAAACGCCAACUUUUGCCGGAGGUCUCUUUUCAAUCUCGAAGAAGUACUUCGAGCACAUUGGGACAUAUGAUGACAAGAUGGAGAUCUGGGGUGGCGAGAAUGUGGAGAUGUCAUUCAGGGUGUGGCAGUGUGGAGGACAGCUGGAGAUCAUCCCCUGUUCUGUGGUGGGACAUGUUUUCCGUACAAAGAGUCCUCACACUUUUCCCAAAGGUACAGAGGUUAUUACACGCAACCAGGUGCGUCUAGCUGAAGUAUGGAUGGAUGACUACAAGAAAAUCUUCUAUCGCCGCAACAAAAAUGCAGCAACUAUGGCUAGUCAGAACCAGUUUGGGGACAUCUCAGAUCGUUUGAAACUGAGAGAGAGGCUGCACUGCAAGAACUUCACAUGGUACCUAAACACGGUCUAUCCAGAGGUGUUUGUACCAGACUUCACCCCAGAAAAAUUUGGAGCAAUAAAGAAUUCAGGGUCUCAGUCCUGCCUGGAUGUUGGGGAAAGCAACCAGGGGGGUAAACCUCUGAUCAUGUACCAGUGUCAUAACAUGGGAGGGAACCAGUAUUUUGAAUAUACAUCACAUAAAGAGCUACGUCACAACAUAGGAAAGCAGCUGUGUCUUCACGCCACACCACAUCCAGAGCCAAUAAAGAUCGAGCUUUGCCAUUUGAAGGGCAAGGGCACCGCUGUGGCACCUGAACAGGAGUUUGUCUUUACAGAGGAAAAUCUUCUGAAGAAUCCCAGCAGUGGUAAAUGUUUACAGCUGAAAGGAGGCCAGAUUACUAUGGACCAAUGCAACGCCGCAGACCUGUUCCAGCAUUGGACCUUCAGCUGACCUCCCUGACUGCCAAUAAUGUGACCUGUGGCACCUCAGUUUCACUCCCCAAGACUCGUCAGACUCCCAGGAGCCCGGUCAGCAUUGGUCCAGAGAGACCUCAUGCUUCGGAGCUUGGGGCAUUUUGCCGUUCUGAACAGACCGUAAAAGACAGAGGAAAAAGUCAAGACAGUUACAUCAAAUGAAACUCUGGUUGGCUUUAACUUGUUUUAAAUUUAUUUAUGAUGGAACUCAGGAAACACAGUUGAAGGUAGCGGGGCACCCUCCCACAAAGUGUGGAGUUGACGUGCAGGAGCGGCAGCUUUGAUCAUGAGGCAAAGGCUGCAAUAAUUAAGUGCAUUUACAUUCCAGUUUGGAAAAUCACCAAGUGACUUUAUGUGUGACAGCUGAUGUUUAAAUGGCAAAAUAUGCGCAAGUCUUAUAAAAGGCAAGAUGUCUGUUUUUUAAAAUAAAAAUAUUGUGUGUCAAAUAAAUUACUGUUCAUACAAUGUUUAGUAUUCAAGCAGAUCUAGAAAUUAAUAAUAAUAAUGAGUAAUGAUUCCUCAAAUGUGUCU